AAGUUUUCUUGUUCAGCACGGUAGUCUUUUGCUGUGACACAUCGAAGCGUACAUGCUGUAGCGGCUUCCGGUUGCAGGAGAAACAUUGGAAAUGUGUUCUGGUGUUUACACGUUUUCACACAAACAAUAAAAAUCAUGGAAAUCCUUGGAGAGGAGUUUGGAGAUAUGACUCACCAGCAGCUCGCGGCUCCUGUCAAUACUAUAGAGGAAAAAUGGAAACUAUUGCCAGCUUUUUUGAAGGUGAAAGGUCUGGUGAAACAGCACAUUGACUCCUUCAACUACUUCAUCAAUGUGGAGAUAAAGAAGAUAAUGAAAGCAAAUGAAAAGAUCACAAGUGAUGCUGAUCCCAUGUGGUACCUAAAGUACCUCAAUAUAUACGUUGGCAUGCCUGAUGUUGAAGAGAGCUUCAAUGUAACCAGACCAGUGUCUCCACACGAGUGUCGUCUCAGGGACAUGACCUACUCUGCACCCAUCACAGUGGACAUCGAGUACACCCGUGGCAGUCAGAGAAUCAUCCGCAAUGCUCUGCCCAUCGGAAGGAUGCCCAUCAUGCUGCGCAGCUCUAACUGUGUCCUUACGGGGAAGACGUCCAUGGAGUACUCCAAACUCAACGAGUGCCCUCUGGACCCAGGGGGCUAUUUCAUUGUCAAAGGUCAGGAGAAGGUCAUUCUGAUCCAGGAGCAGCUGUCAAAGAACCGCAUCAUUGUGGAACAGGACAGGAAGGGGGCAGUAGGAGCCUCUGUGACCAGUUCCACCCAUGAGAAGAAGAGCAGGACCAAUAUGAUCGUUAAGCAGGGACGCUUCUACUUAAGACACAACGCACUGUCAGAGGAUGCCCCCAUUGCCAUUAUAUUCAAGGCUAUGGGUGUGGAGAGUGACCAGGAGAUAGUGCAGAUGAUUGGGACGGAGGAGCACGUCAUGGCUAACUUCUCCCCCAGCCUGGAAGAGUGCCAGAAAGCCCAGAUCUUCACUGAGAUACAGGCUCUGAAAUACAUUGGGAAUAAGGUGCGGAGACAGCGCAUGUGGGGUGGGCCCAAGAAGACCAAGAUGGAGGAGGCCAGAGAGCUGUUGGCUUCCCUCAUCCUCACUCAUGUACCUGUGAAGGAGUUUAACUUCCGGGCCAAGUGUAUCUACCUAGCGGUGAUGGUGCGCAGGGUGAUCCUAGCCCAAGGAGAGAACAAGGUGGAUGACAGAGACUACUAUGGCAACAAGCGCCUGGAGUUGGCUGGACAGCUGCUGUCUCUGCUGUUUGAGGAUCUCUUUAAGAAGUUCAACUCCGAGCUGAAGAAGAUCUCAGACCAGAUCAUCCCCAAGCAGCGGGCGGCACAGUUUGACAUUGUCAAACACAUGCGCCAGGACCAGAUCACCAACGGCAUGGUCAACGCCAUCUCCACCGGGAACUGGUCCCUGAAGAGGUUUAAGAUGGACCGUCAGGGUGUGACCCAGGUGCUGUCCCGUCUCUCCUUCAUCUCUGCUCUGGGCAUGAUGACCAGGAUCUCCUCCCAGUUUGAGAAGACCAGGAAGGUCAGCGGACCCCGCUCCCUGCAGCCCUCCCAGUGGGGCAUGCUGUGCCCCUCCGACACUCCUGAGGGAGAGGCAUGUGGUCUGGUGAAGAACCUGGCCCUGAUGACCCACAUCACCACAGACAUGGAGGACGGCCCCAUCGUCAAGCUGGCCUUCAACCUGGGAGUGGAGGAUGUCAACCUGCUGUGUGGAGAGGAGCUCUCCUACCCAAGUGUCUUCCUGGUCUUCCUCAAUGGUAACAUCCUGGGGGUGAUCCGGGACCACCAAAGGUUGGUGUACACCUUCAGACUGAUGCGACGGGCUGGAUUCAUCAACGAGUUUGUGUCCAUCUCUACCAACCUAACCGACCGCUGUGUCUACGUCUCCUCAGAUGGCGGACGCCUCUGCAGACCGUAUAUCAUUGUGAAGAAAGGACAGCCAAUGGUUAAGAACAAACACAUCGAGGAGUUGACCCAGGGAUACAGAACCUUUGAGGAUUUCCUCCAUGAGAGCCUGGUGGAGUACCUGGACGUGAACGAGGAGAAUGACUGUCAGAUCGCCCUCUAUGAGCACAUGAUUAAUAAGGAUACUACACACUUGGAGAUUGAGCCCUUCACACUACUAGGGGUCUGUGCUGGUCUGAUCCCCUACCCCCAUCACAAUCAGUCCCCCAGGAACACAUACCAGUGUGCUAUGGGCAAGCAGGCCAUGGGUACGAUUGGCUAUAACCAGAGGAACCGUAUAGACACUCUGAUGUACCUGCUGGGCUACCCUCAGAAGCCCAUGGUCAAGACUAGAACCAUAGAGCUGAUAGACUUUGAGAAGCUGCCUGCGGGCCAGAACGCCACAGUGGCUGUGAUGAGCUACAGCGGCUACGACAUAGAGGACGCUCUGAUCCUCAACAAGGCCUCUCUAGACAGAGGAUUUGGAAGAUGCCUGGUCUACAAGAACGCUAAGUGCACGUUGAGGCGCUACACCAACCAGACCUUUGACAAGGUGAUGGGUCCCAUGCUGGAUGCAGCCACACGCAAGCCCAUCUGGAGGCACAGUAUCCUGGAUGCUGACGGCAUCUGCUGCCCUGGUGAGAAGGUGGAGAAUAAGCAGGUGCUGGUGAACAAAUCCAUGCCCACUGUCACCCAGACACCACUGGAGGGCAGUGCCCAGCCAGGACAGCCCCAGUACAGAGAUGUGCCCGUCAGUUACAAGGGCUCCACAGACUCCUACAUCGAGAAGGUGAUGAUCUCCUCCAACGCAGACGAUGCUUUCCUCAUCAAGAUCCUGCUGAGACAGACCAGGAGACCAGAGAUAGGAGACAAGUUCAGCAGUCGGCACGGACAGAAAGGUGUAUGUGGCCUUAUCGUUCCUCAGGAGGACAUGCCCUUCUGUGACUCGGGCAUCUGCCCUGAUAUCAUCAUGAACCCGCAUGGCUACCCCUCCAGAAUGACGGUGGGGAAGCUGAUUGAGCUGCUGGCUGGUAAAGCGGGGGUGAUGGACGGGAGGUUCCACUACGGCACGGCCUUCGGGGGCAGCAAGGUAAAGGACGUGUGCGAGGACCUGAUCCGCUAUGGGUACAACUACCAGGGCAAGGAUUACGUCACCUCGGGCAUCACUGGAGAGCCAAUUGAGGCCUAUAUCUACUUUGGACCUGUGUAUUAUCAGAAACUAAAGCACAUGGUGCUGGACAAGAUGCACGCCAGAGCCCGCGGCCCCCGAGCUGUGCUCACCAGACAGCCCACGGAGGGGCGCUCUAGAGACGGAGGCCUACGUCUGGGGGAGAUGGAACGUGACUGUCUGAUUGGCUACGGUGCCAGCAUGUUGCUGCUGGAGCGCCUCAUGAUCUCCAGUGACGCCUUCGAGGUGGACGUUUGCGGUCAGUGUGGCCUGCUGGGAUACUCCGGGUGGUGCCACUACUGUAAGUCCUCCUGUCACGUGUCCUCGUUACGGAUACCCUACGCCUGCAAACUGCUCUUCCAGGAGCUGCAGUCCAUGAACAUCAUUCCCCGCCUCAAACUGGCACGCUACAACGAGUAACCUUGUCCCCAGGCAUAUUGCUACCACAUACCGAGUUUGACACAGAGAGGGAGGGAGCUGGCUGUUGGUGGGUGGAGCUAGAAAAGAGACGGACAACAACAAGCGGCAUUGAUUAUCCAAAUUGACAACUGUCAAUAUAAUGAAGCAGGAAAUACUAUAGCACUGUUACAAUAAUGGAAUGUCUACAGUAUGUCAGAAAAUUAGUUCAUGUAAAAGCAUACAAAAAGUACUUGUUUUUGUUUGCAGAACAGAAAAAUAUUGGCUACUGGAAUACAUUUUUUGGUUUGCUUUUGUUUGACAUUUUUUAUUGUUUUAAUAUUUCUAAAACAUUUCAAGAGUUUUGAAUGCAUGUUUAGCUACAUUUGUACUUUUUUGACUCUUGUUUUGUUGUGUAAUUAAUAAACAAAUAUUAUUUCAGGA